CAGAGCCUGUUGCUGGAGGGCGGCCGCGGGAAAGCGGUAUGGAAUCGUAGAAGCGAUUCUCGCGAGAUGUAUAGUUGCCGUGGCCUCCAGAAAGGGGCGGCGGUCUAGAGGUACACCACGUGGGGAUAGUCGGAGCUGAAUCUCCGGCCGGCGUCCAGUUGGGAUCUAGGUGAAAGUUGGAACCGUGGAGAUGCGGAAGGAAACCCCGCACCCCCUAGUACCCCGGACAGUCCGCGAGUGGAACCUCCCGCCUAAUGCUCCCGCCUGCAUGGAACGGCAGUUGGAAGCUUCGCGGUACCGGUCCGAUGGGGCGCUUCUGCUUGGGGCCUCCAGCCUCAGUGGCCGCUGCUGGGCCGGCUCCCUCUGGCUUUUUAAGGACCCUUGUGCCGCCCCCAACGAAGGCUUCUGCUCUGCUGGAGUCCAAACGGAGGCCGGAGUGGCAGACCUCACUUGGGUAGGGGACAGAGGUAUCCUAGUGGCUUCCGAUUCAGGUGCUGUUGAAUUGUGGGAGCUGGAUGAAAAUGAAACACUUAUUGUCAGCAAGUUCUGCAAGUAUGAGCAUGAUGACAUUGUGUCUACAGUCAGUGUCCUGAGCUCUGGCACACAAGCUGUCAGCGGUAGCAAAGACUUUUGCAUCAAGGUUUGGGACCUUGUUCAGCAGAUGGUACUAAAUUCAUACCGAGCUCAUGCUGGCCAGGUCACCUGUGUUGCUGCCUCUCCUCACAAGGACUCUGUGUUUCUUUCAUGCAGUGAGGACAAUAGAAUUUUACUCUGGGAUACCCGCUGUCCUAAGCCAGCAUCACAGUUGGGCCGCAGUGACUCUGGCUACCUUCCUACUUCACUGGCUUGGCAUCCUCAGCAAAGUGAAAUCUUUGUCUUUGGUGAUGAGAAUGGAACUAUCUCCCUUGUGGACGCCAAGACUGUAAGCUGUGCCCUCAGCUCAGCUGUGCACUCCCAGUGUGUUACUGGGCUGGUGUUCUCCCCACACAGUAUUCCCUUCCUGGCCUCUCUCAGUGAAGACUGCUCACUUGCUGUGUUGGAUUCAAACUUUUCCGAGGUGUUUAGAAGCCGAGCCCACAGAGACUUUGUGAGAGAUGCUACUUGGUCGCCGCUCAAUCACUCUCUUCUUACCACAGUGGGCUGGGACCAUCAGGUCAUCCACCAUAUUAUGCCCACAGAACCUCUCCCAGCCCCUGGACCUGAGAGUGUUGCUGAGUAGAUUGGAUUUAAGACAAAAAGCAAGUCCCCCCAUGAGUAUCCACUUCUUUGCCCCUGCCUCCUCAGCUUAUGAGACAACACAGGAGCCUUCUAUAGUAUGUUGGUACGCUAGAUCUGUGCAGUUGCCAUGAGCAUUGUCUCCCAGCCCGAGAAAGGCUGGAUUCUGGGAUCCUGUAGUCACAGGGAGGAAAAACUUUCUUGAAAAUGGAUAUGUAUAUGUGUCUGAGUGUGUGUAUAGAUCUGUGGUUAUUGGUGGGAGGGAAAUAAAAAUAUCCACCCCACAUACUCCCUGAGCACUGCCCCGCCCUCUCGCCAAAAAAAAUUGAUAAAAGUGUUUUUUUCCUUCCCAUGUAACUGUUUAUGAGGAACUGGCCAUGUCUGGGUAGGGUGUGGGAUGUGGGUGUCCCUGGAUUCUUGGAACCAGCUCUUAUACUACGCAUAGGGAUCGAUUUUAUUUUUUUUAUAGCAGUUAAGUCACCAUUACCAUGGGAAAUGCUUCCAAUCACAAAAAAUCAGCCCACCUCACUUUGAGAAAGGCAGGGCAUGCCACAGAUUUAUAUAGCUCUUUGCCACUAAACUGAAUCAGAAACCCAUUUUCUGGCUGAAUAUGAAGUUCGGCUGGUAGCUGUGUAAUGCCCACUCCCUUCCCUCUGCUCCUCAGUGGCAUUGUGUAUAUGAGAGAGGAGUGUUUUUCUGUGAUAGAUGCCAUAGGGAAAAGUUUGGGGAUGAUGGAGAGCUUAAAUAGGGCAUCUCAGUUAAGUUAAAAAUCUGGCAUUAACUGUUACAGAGAAAUCUUCACUACUUUUCCUAUCUGAAAAUGGCCUGGGGCUUGACCUCUUCUGCCUCUGGGCCCUGUUCCCUGGAUAUAGAAAGUCUGAGUGCUGUAUUUGUAGACUCCUAAGGUUUUUAAACCCAGCAUCAGGAAGAGAAUCAGAAAUACCGGUUGGUAAAAUAAAGAGUUUAGGCAUCGUU